AUGGCCAAAUCACAAAUCACCCUUCUUUCCGACCUCACACCGCCCUCCCUCGAGCGAACCUGGCUAACAUCACCCCACCCCACUCUCCCGAUCGUCGCAACUUGCAGCUCCGACAAGACCGUGCGAGUAUACUCGCUCACAAACUUCAAGCUCCUCUCCACAAUAUCAGGCGGACACAAACGAAGCGUGCGAACCGCAGCUUGGAAACCACAUGUCACCGGAGAAAGCGUGCUAGCGACUGGAAGCUUCGACGCGACUGUCGGAAUCUGGCGACGAUGGGAUAACUACGGGAAGAACGAGAGCAAUGCGGCCGAAGUUGAAGAGAGCGAAGCAGCCAGCGACGAAGAAGACGAGGAAUGGCGAUUUGCCGUCCUCCUGGACGGACACGACAGUGAAGUGAAAUCCGUCUCGUGGUCACCAUCUGGAAUGCUACUCGCGACCUGCGCGCGGGAUAAAUCAAUUUGGAUCUGGGAGGACCUGGACGACGGCGACAACAAUUUCGAGACGGUAGCAGUGAUGCAGGAGCACAGCGGAGACGUGAAGUGUGUAUCAUGGCACCCGACGGAAGAGUGCCUCGCCAGCGGAGGAUACGACGACACGAUUCGACUGUGGCGGGAGGACCUCGACGAUUGGGGACAGGUUGCUUGUAUCAAGGGCCAUUCCGGGACAGUAUGGUUCUUAGACUGGGAAGGGCCCGAAAACACACCCCGUACAUCAGCGGAGCAGGACACCUCCUCUUUGACCAGCGCAUGGCGGUCACAGCGCUCAUUAUCCGGACCGCGUCUCCUGUCUUGCUCGGAUGAUCUCAGUAUUCGAGUUUGGCGCCGGCUUCCAAAGGAGUUUUCCCAAAUGGGUAUGUCCUCGUCUGCGGCGACAGGGAUUCCGAGUAUCAUUCGGCCUACGGGGGCGGAUGAGAACUGGGAAGAAGAUGCAGUAUUGCCGCAUGCUCAUGAAUUAGCCAUUUAUGCCGUGGCUUGGAGUCGGAGGUCGGGACUUGUUGCGUCUGUUGGUGCGGAUGGGCGAAUUGUCCUGUACGAAGAGCGAUUUGUGACGGCCACAGACUCGGAGGCUAUGGAGACGGAGCCUCCCAUGUUGAAGACGGAAUGGUCGAUUAUUGCUGUUGUGGAUGGGGCGCAUGGAAUUUAUGAGAUUAACCAUGCUGCUUGGGCGAAGCGUGCGGAUCGGGGGGCUGUGGAUGAGGCAGAGGAGCAGGAGGUGCUGGUAACUACUGCGGAUGAUGGUAGUGUGAAGGUCUGGACAGUCCAGCGGUGA